CCGAUUUGAUAUAUCUUUCCAGGUUCCACAGCAAGAACCUCAGUUUUUCCAUUGUCAGCCCUCAGCACAUGGCACACCUGAAAAUUGCUCCGUUUCCAGGUGCUGGACUUCUUUGACGCAAUUUCAUAAAAUCCGGGUCCCCCACUGCUGUCGCCAGUGUUAGUGAUGCUAACACUGAUUUUCUCUGUGGUGUUGUUGACUAUGGUGAUUUCAUUCAUAGUGCCUGCUCGUGUUUCCAAAAUGAUUCUUAACACCCUUUAUUAUAGUUUAUACUCUGAACGCACCUCCGAUAUCAUAUUUCUUUCCAGGCUCCACAACGAGAACCUCGGUAUUUCCAUUGUCGGCCCUCAACACAUGGCACACCUGCAAAUGGCUCCGUUUCCAGGUACUGGACUUCUUUGAUGCAAUUUCAUAGAAUCCGGGUCCCCCACUGCUCUCGCUAAUCUCAGUGAUGCUAACACUGAUUUUCUCU